AUGGCAACCCCCACACCCACAAUGGAGAUUGACAAGCUCACCGCGGAUGCCGAAACUCUCAAGAUCAAAACCGAGCUACUGAUUUUCCUCAGCGACGGCAACCUCAUGGCAAGCCCAAUCCACCCUCCAGAAACUCCACCCACCACAAUCCGCCUCAGCGACCUCCCAAACAACCUCUACAGAACCUUCGUCUUCAAAGACCCCAAAGCUCUGGAAGAAUACUUCAAUUCCCCAUCCCACCCAAAGGCAACCCACCUCCGCCUCGUCCCUAUGAAUCGAUUCAUAGAUGCUCCAUUCCCGAGAGUGAUCCCGGGAUGCCCAGGAUGGACUUGUUGGUCAUUCAAUAAGCCGCCGGAGGUAUGCGAAUUCUACAAAGCCCUGCCGUUUCCAUUCCCGACUCGUGAAUACGUUUCCAUUGAUAAUAUUACAUACCCGCAGGGACAGGAGUUUAUUACCCUGGUUGCAGAUUGGAGGGCUGUUUGUCGAGCUGUCCCAAAGAAACAUCAGGUGCGAGAAAUCACUUUUGAUCUGGAUGGGUCGAUGAAGCUUCAUUCAACUUAUGUUUCUCGUGUGGUGCAGAUGGUGAGCACUGUUUUUGCGGUCAAGGCGGAGGGACCAUUUCGCAGUCGACUGAGGGAUGAUGAGCCAUACCCCGGUAAGAAUCUUGUGGCAAGAGGGUUGGCUUGCAAGGGUUAUUGA